AUGGCGGAAAGAAGGACGCAGUGUCUUGAAAAGCGGUUAUCAAAAGAUCCAAUGUUGUACGAGAAAGUCGACUAUUUGGACAGCGUCGACACGGUCGAAGAAGCAGGAGCUCGGAAAGAACAGCAGCAUGAAGUGAAUCAGAUCAACUAUGUCUUGGCCGCCACGUUCACAAAUGCAGCAACGCAGUGGAAGCUGAAUCCUCCCUAUGCUCCGCACAUGGGGGGCAUCUGGGAACGAUUAGUGCGGUCGGUGGCCACCAUGGAUAUUUCGAGGAAUCCUGAUGAAGAAACCCUCUUAACUGCCUUAGCAGAAGUGGAGUCAAUGGUGAACACUCGUCCGCUUACGUAUCUUCCUUUGGAUUCAGCAGAGAGUGAAGCGCUCACUCCGAACCACUUCCUGCUUCUAAGUUCUAACGGAGUAUGCCAGCCAGUCACUGCUUCGCUGCAUGAUGCAUCGGUUAUGCGUUCGAAUUGGAAGCACGUGCAGGUCAUGUUGGACCGUUUCUGGAAUCGAUGGAUCAGGGAAUACUUACCAGUCAUAUCGCGACAGUCGAAGUGGUUGGGGGAAGUGAAACCGAUACAGAUUGGAGACUUGGUCAUGAUCGUGAACGAAACAAGGAGGAAUAGCUGGGAAAGAGGAAUCGUCGUAAAAGUGUAUACAGGAAAAGACGGAAGAAUACGCAGCGCGGAUGUGAGGUCUGCUACGGGCAUACAUCAGCGUCCGUUAACUAAGUUGGCUGUCUUGGAUGUGCUGGAACAGGAUGGUGUGGCUGAAGGAACUUCAUGCAAUACGGGGUGGGGUAUGUGCGCGACGAUCCAAGACCCCCCGUCAUUGGCAAACGCUGCCGAUAUCCAGUCGACCUAA